UUGCAAAUCUGUCUAGUUCACCUCGAUGGCCGCCAACCACAACGCUGAUGAUGCCGCUAGAGAGCCUGUCGCGAGCGCCUCUCCACCCGCCUCUGAGGCCGAGCACCGCGCCCUCCUCCGACCAUCGUCGUUCAUCUCCGCCAUCUCAGACGACAAUGAAGGGUGCAAGGAGCGGGCGUUCGAGCCAUCCGAGAAGGUCAUCGUCUCCGUCUCCGGCGACCCCGAAGGCGAUGCUAGCGAAGAGCGCGCCUUCUACGCCUCGGGGGGCUGCAUGCCGCCCUUCUCGUGGCGCAAGCUGUGGGCAUUCUCGGGGCCCGGCUUUCUGAUGAGCAUCGCGUUCGUAGACCCGGGGAACAUCGAGGGCGACCUGCAGGCCGGUGCCACAGCGGGCGGCACGCUGCUCUGGGUGCUCGUGUGGGCGACGGCCAUGGGCCUACUCGUGCAGCUUCACGCCGCGCGCCUCGGGGUGGCCACAGGGAGGCACCUUGCUGAGCUGUGCCGUGACGAGUACCCGGAUUGGGCGCGCCGCGCGCUCUGGUUGAUGGCCGAGGUCGCCUUGGUCAGCGCUGACAUCCAGGAGGUCAUCGGGAGCGCCAUUGCCAUCAAGAUCCUCAGCCACGGCCUGUUGCCUCUCUGGGGCGGUGUUGUCAUUACCGCUUUGGAUUGCUUUAUGAUUCUUUCCCUCGAGAACUAUGGGGUGAGAAAGUUGGAAGCUCUAUUUGCGGUUCUAAUUACAACAAUGGCGUGCUCCUUCGCAUGGAUGUUUGUAGAGACCGAGCCUAGUGGCAAAGAUCUAUUCAUUGGUAUUCUUGUCCCAAAACUAAGCUCGAGAUCGAUAAAACAGGCCGUUGGCCUUGUUGGAUGUGUCAUCACACCCCACAACGUGUUCCUCCAUUCCGCUCUUGUGCAGUCAAGAAAGAUUGACCCGGACAAGGAAUACGAAGUCCGUGAAGCGUUGAGGUACUAUUCCAUUGAAUCCACCCUGGCAUUGGUAGUGCCCUUGAUGAUAAAUUUAUUUGUCACGACAGUUUUUGCAAAGGGGUUCUAUGGUACCAAGGAAGCGGAUAGUAUCGGCCUUGAGAACGCCGGGAAGUAUCUGCAGGAGAAGUUUGGGGGAGACUUUUUCCCUAUCCUUUAUAUCUGGGGUGUUGGACUGUUAGCCGCCGGCACCAGUAGCACCAUAACUGGAACUUACGCUGGGCAGUUUAUAAUGGGUGGGUUUCUGAACUGGCGGCUGAAAAAAUGGAUCAGGGCAUUGAUCACUAGAAGCUUUGCGAUUGUUCCGACGAUAAUCGUCGCUUUGUACUUCAACAAUUCUGGCUAUGAGCUGGAUGUUCUCAAUGAGUGGCUCAAUGUGCUCCAGUCAGUUCAGAUCCCUUUUUCUCUCAUCCCACUGAUAACACUGGUUUCAAAGGAGGAAGUCAUGGGGGUGUACAAGAUAGGUCCAAGAAUGAAAAUUCUAACCUGGAUAGUUGCCUCUCUACCGAUCCUAAUCAACAGCUAUAUGUUGUUGGACUUCUUCUCUCUGGAAAUGGGAGGCAUGUUGUACAACACAACUCUUUGCGUGGCUGUGGUGGCUUAUUCUAUGUUCAUAUUAUAUCUUAUUUUUCGAGGCAUGAAAUUUCCUUCCUAUCUGACGACGACGUAACAUGAGAAGAGAUUCGUAUUGUGAAACUUGGAUGGAGAAAAUUGUUGUAUGGUAGAUUAUUGCCAUUAGAAGAUCACAAAAAUGCAGUGUCCAUUGUAUAGAGUCACAUAAAGUUUCAAUUGUUGCAAAGGACUAGUAACUAGUAAGACUGUUGUAUGGUUUGUACAUAAACCUCUAACUACGAUUAAAAAAUUAUCAUGAGAGAUGAACAACCUAUGUAUUUUACAUUAAUUUCCUAAGGAUAUUUUCUUGUUUCAUGAUACCUGAAAAUGAUAAAUAGUGGUCAGUGGAUGGUCGAGUC